AUGAAGGAAGAGAGUUACCAGACCAAAGUCCACCUGGGCUCCAUAGCGAACUCGGGGUUAACACUGGGACCUGGCGACGGGUCGCCGCUCUCAGGUCCCGGAAGACCACUGCUGGAGCCUGCUCCGUGGCCGUCGCGCCGGUCUCCUGCCGUGCCGCCAGCAGAGUCCCCCGCCCGCAGAAAUUCCUCCCGGCUUCAAAAGUCUCCAGGGGGCACCGAAGCUCGUGUCGCCAACAACAGUAAGCGUUCAGGCCCGGGCACCCAAGUGCGCCCGACUCCGGGAAGCCGGAAGGCCCGCGGGCUCGAGGGAGGGAGAGCCGCAAAGCGGGAAGCACAAGGCGCGCGUCCCCGAGGACGCGGGCGCGACGGAAGGAAGCGGGGGCGCGCACGCGCGCCGAGUCACGGGCGGGCGGGCGGGGGCGGAGCAGGCGGGGCGGGGGCGGGGCGAAGAGGCGAAGGCGGGAAGAGGGCGCCCUGGAGUCCAGCCGAGUCCGGGGAGGGCGUCGACGCCGAGGGGGCGGGGCCAGGCGAGGCGGGGACGCGCUCGCGGGCUGGGAAGGCGGGGGCGCGGCGCUGGCGAGAGCGUGCCCGGUCCCCGCCCCUGUUUCCCACUCUUCCUUCCACCUCCGACCGGCCGGAGCUGCGGAGCGGCUCCGCUCGCCGGUCCCCGGAGCCGCCGCUUGCUUUUUUCCCCCCACCCCCGCCCGCGGCGAGCCCGUCAAUCCCCUCACGACGCGCUCCUCCAUCUGGGCCAUGGAUGGUGUUGUUACAGAUCUUAUAACAGUCGGUUUAAAGGUAGGACUCUUUUACUAUCCUUUCAUAAUCAUUUUUGUAUUUUAAUUUUGACAUCUCCCC